UCAGCCUGGAUAGCUCAGUUGAUAGAGCACCUGACUAGUGAUGCAGCGGUCCCAAAAUAUAUAUUUUCUCCCUUCCUGUUAUAGCUGUAGAUACCAUAAGCGUGAAUUAACAUGAUGAUAUUAAGUUAUACUACCUGUGGAUGCUAUAUAGACCUACAUGACAUAUCAUGCCCUUGCUGUUGCAUAUUGUAACCACAUCCAAGCACAAAAAAGAGUGUGAUUAAAUGUUUUACAUGAGACAUCUAUAUAAAGAUGUGAAAUAACAUUAAUAACAAGAAGUUCUGUUUUAACAGUGUCUGGAUUAAGGGCUCACUCAUGAAGACCAGAAGUCAGAGAUAUAACACAGGAAGAUUUUCUCUCAGUUUCAAGUCUAUUUAUUUUGGCGCUUUCUACGGACAUUUUUGGCGCCAAAUUUUGACGUUGUCCUGUAACUAUGACAUCAUAAUAACGACAUUAUCGUGUCAUGUUGCUAUUGUUAUUCAAAAUCCACUGAAGAGCAGAAUGGCAAAAGCACUUUGGAGUAAAAUAAAUUACAUCAAAGAGCUGAGAGCCAAUGAUGGGAGGAAAGUGUGCUAUACCAGUAUUAAGUUACAUCCUCAUAUGUAAUCUGGUGACCUGUGAGUCCACCAUACAAAGAACAGACUAUAAAACAGGGGAGGUGACUGUAUGCGGCAGAAUCAACUGUACCGCAGGUUCCUAUGUUAAAGUGUGUACAAAGAAUGGUACAGAUGACCAUUGUGAACGAUGUCCGUCUGGUACACACUUACUGGAUAAUACAUCAUCUGACCUACCAACACCUUGUGUUACUGGCACUGCAAUAAUACCACCGCCUCAACCAAAAAGUUCCCUCAUCACAACCAGAGCUCCCACAGUCCGCAGUACACCACAGAGGACAGGCCCAGGGAGGGAUACAGUAACCAUGGUAACACUGACCACUGACUCUCCGACAAAUACCAGUGACUAUCAGAAACAUACCAGUGACUCUCCCACAGAUACCAGUGACUUUCCGAAACAUACCAGUGACUCAGGGACCACAACACAGAUAGCAAUAUAUGUAGCUAUUGGAGUGGGGGUGGUGGCAUUGGUCGUGGCAGUGGUGGUUCUUGUGGUCAUAUGCUACAGAAAAAGAAGAUCAAGACCGAAUAAUGUUCCAAAUGAGAAUCAAAUGGAAAUGGAACCUCUGAAUAAUACUCCAGUCAGCACAGAAUCUUGUAAUAGGAAUGACAAGACAGAAGAAAGCUCAGCAGAAUUGAUUCCAAAUGGCACGCCUCAAUGUACUGUUGGAUCACAGACCACAGACAGAAUUAUGGGAACAGGUGAGAGGAGUCUCCAUAAUCAGUCCACUCAGAAUGGGUAUAUAAAUAAUAUAAACAGUCCUUCUUCAGAGGAAAUUCCACCACAAGAAACUAACAUCAAGGCAGUGUAUACAGAGGAAUCAGAAAAAAGAGAAUUGUCUCAGGAAAUACACAUAAAACUUUUGGUGGUGAAAAAAGAAUAGAUCCGUCCAUAUUUACCGGUACUUCAUCUGAACAGAUGUCAAACAAUGCAGCAGCUGUAGGUAGUACUAUUGGUCUACUAUCUGCUCCAGAUCUUGGCCUUGACAGCAUGACAAAGGAUGAGGAUUACCCAGACAGUAUAAAGCUAGAUGCAGCUCCACAUCUUGAUUUAAC